CCCUUUUUUUCUUCAGUUAUCACCACAUACUUCAUUUGCUUUUUUCAGGUACACAUUUGCGAAUUGGGUCUCGUUUCUCUCUCUUCAUUCUUCGAAAAAUCUCUCAUAACAGAAGUACACAUUUGCGAAUUGGGUCUCGUUUCUCUCUCUUCAUUCUUCGGAAAAUCUCUCAUAACAGAGGAAAAUAGAUGUGAUGGCACUAGUUGCAGUAAGUUCUGCUAUCAACAGUACUUUGGUGCCAUUGUUGUCAGGUGAAGUGAAAUUGUUGCGGAAUAUCCACAGAGAAGUUGCCAGUAUCAAGACUGAAUUAGAAAGCAUAAGGUCAUUCCUAAAAGAUGCAGAUUCAAGUUCAAAAUUGGAAAACGAAAGGAUGAAAAAUUGGGUGAAACAGGUAAGGGAAUUGGCUUACCAGAUUGAGGACGUCAUGGACGAAUACAUACUUCACUUGGCAGAAAAUAAGAAACGGCGUGGUUUCAUUGGUUUCCUUCACAAACUCGCUCGCUCAAUCGCUAAACUAGGGCCACAACAUGAUAUCGCCUCUCAAAUUCAAGUUAUCAAACAGACUAUUCGUGAGAUCAAGGAAAGGGCUGAGAGGUAUGGUUUUAGUUCGUUGGAACAUGGGUCAACCAGUAAAACAGAAGAGAAAGUAUAUGAUGACCCUCGUGUUGCGUCUCUUUUCAUUGAGGAAGACGAAGUUGUGGGCAUUGAGUCCACUAGGGAGGAACUGAUCCACAGGCUGCUAAUCGGAGAGUCAAAUCGAACGGUGCCUUCACUAGUAGGUAUGGGAGGAUGUGGCAAGACCACUCUUGCCAAGACAGUUUUUGACAACCAGAAAGUGUUUAAACACUUCGAUUGCCAAGCUUGGGUAUCAGUUUCCCAAUCAUACAAGAUGGAGGACAUCUUUAGAAGGAUGAUGAAGAUGCUAUGUGAGACAAGAAAGGAACGUGCACCUAAGGGAAUCGACACGAUGGACCCAAAUUCUCUCAUUCAUAUUCUGAGAGAAUAUUUACUUAAGAAGAGGUAUCUAAUCGUGUUUGAUGACGUAUGGAGUGCAGACUUUUGGAGAAUAGUAAAUAUUGCUUUACCGAAAAACAAAAAAGGAAGUCAAAUAAUUGUCACUACACGCAGUGAAGAUGUUGCUUCUUUUUGCAAGGAAUCCUCAUCGGAUCAUGUCUGUAAGCUGGCGCCCUUAGUUGAGGAGGAAGCUUGGAAGCUCUUUUGCAUGAAAACGUUCCAACGAGAAUUUGGUGGUAGUUGUCCUCCCGAGUUGGAGAAAGUAUCCCGUGCCAUUGUUAGAAAGUGUGAGGGAUUACCACUUGCUAUUGUGACGAUAGGAGUCCUAUUGUCCACUAAAAGUAAGGUGGUAUCCGAAUGGCAAAGAUUCUAUAAUAGCCUUGGAUCCGAAUUAGAAAGGAAUCCCCAUCUCACAAACAUCACAAAAAUUGUGCUCCUUAGUUACCAUGAUCUGCCUUGCUACCUCAAGCCAUGUUUCUUGUACUUUAGCAUGAUACCAGAGGACUAUAAAAUCACCCGCGGAAGACUAAUUCGAUUGUGGAUAGCUGAGGGUUUCAUUGAAGGACGGAAAGGAAAAACGUUGGAAGAAGUUGCAGAAGAACACUUGACUGAGCUCGUUCAUAGAAGCUUGGUUCAAGUUUCGUCGAGAAAAAUAGAUGGUAGAAUUCAAACAUGUCAGGUCCAUGAUUUAGUCCACGAGAUCAUCCUCGUAAAGUGUGAAGAGUUGAGUUUCAGCCAAAUUUUUGGAGAAGCAUAUGCAAGUUGGAAUAAUGAUACUCGACGAUGCUCAAUGCAUAAGCGAAACUUAACUAAUAAGGAUUUGGAAACCAUUAGUAGUCCCAAAUCCAGAAUCCGUUCUAUUUUUCUUUUCUCAAUGGGGGAGAUUCCAAAGGAACAGUUAUUGGCUACUCUAGCUAGGAAUUUUAAACUUUUGAAAGUACUAGAUCUUCAGGAUGCUCCUCUGGAUCAACUUCAUGAAGACGUGGGAAAUCUUCUUCAUUUGCGAUACUUAAGUGUCAAGAGGACAAAAGUGAAGAUAAUUCCGAUUUCCAUUGGAAAUCUACACAACCUACAAACUUUGAAUUUGGAACACUCAUGUGUGGAUGUGCUACAAAUUGGGAUCUUAAGUAGACUCCGUAAGCUGCGGCAUCUUUUUGUACCAUGGCCAGGAGUGAAGAUACAAGGAGGAAUUGGGCAUUUAGAAGAGUUGCAAACGUUGCAUUUCGUGGAGGCAAACGAGGAUUUAAUCAAAGAGCUAGAAAAUUUGAGGCAAUUGAGGAAGUUGGGUAUUAAGAACCUAAAAAAAGAACACGGGAAGGGUCUCUGUACCGCCAUCGAGAUGAUGAAUCACCUUCAAUAUUUGGCGGUUUAUAUGGCUAUAGACGGCGACGGGACUCUAGAUUUGCAUUCUCUUUCUUCUGUCCCCGAAUCUCUUCAGCAUCUCAACUUGAAUGGACGUUUAGGAACUUUGCCAAACUGGAUAUCACGAUUUGAUUAUCUAGUUUCCCUUAUUCUAAGUGGAUCAGGGUUGACCGAUGCUCAUGCAAUAAAAACUCUUCAAGCAUUGCCAAAUUUGAUGCAGCUUUAUUUCAGAGACGCGUAUGAUGGAGAACAAUUGUGUUUUGACGUCGGAGGUUUUCAGAAGCUUAAGAAAUUCUACCUCCGAAACGGAAAAGAAUUGAAUUCGGUUGUAAUAGAGGGAGGAGGAUUGCCCGUACUUAACGAGCUUUGGAUCGGACAUUGCCCACAACUGAAGGAGGUACCCUCCGGUAUCCGCAACCUCAGAGAACUCAAAUCUCUUUUCUUUUGGGAUAUGCCAACGGAGUUCUUAGACAGAAUGAAACCAGACAAAGGCCAAGACUAUUGGAUUGUUGAGCAUAUACCUAAAGUCCUGAUUGUAUUCACGGAUGGAGGAACAUUAUUCAACCAGACAAAGGCCAAGAGUAUUGGUUUAUUGCAGUCAAUUUUCUUUGGACGGGUGGACGAAGGGAACCAAGAUUUUAUUCUCCUCGGGAAUUCCAAGACAUGAGGGAAAGCCAGAGGCGGAAUGAUGAAUCUGAAGAGGUUGGGGAAGUUGAAUAUGAAAGAUGUUACUGCCAACACUGAAAGUGGAGGAGAUCCAAGACGACAAAGAAUUCCAAGAAUUUCAAAGUACGAUUCACAUCAUGAUGAAUGCAUUUCGGUUGCCGUUGGUUUUUCGUUUCCUUGUUAUGUAGCAUGAAUAAGGGUAUCUUAGCCCCACACUUAAAUGGUCCCUAUGAUUUGGUGUUUUCGGCAUAUGUCCUUUUUGUUGAUUUGUUUUGAAAUGUGACAAAUGAUGAUGGAGACUACUAUGUUACGCUUUAUUAUAAAGAGUACUUUUGCA